AUGCUGGGCAUCAGGACUGCCCCUAAAGAGGACCUCCAGUCCUCAUCCACUGAACUGGUUUACGGACAGCCGCUGAGGGUCCCAAGGGAUUUUAUCCCCAACAUCAUGGCUCCCUGGCCUGCAGCCCAUCAACGGACCACCUUCCUGUAUAACACCGGAGCUUUCGCACUGCUCCCCACUUCCCAACACGGCCUCCCACAGUCUCACAUCCCCGCAAGUCGGCAGUCAGCAGAAUAUGUUUUCAUUCGCCAUGAUACCCACCAUAGACCCCUGCAUCCUCCCUAUGAUGGGCCAUUCCGUGUCCUGGAGACCAGGAACAAGCACUUUGUGGUGGAAGUCGGGUCAAUGCUGAAAUUCGUUAAUGUUGGAGGAACCCAGGAGGACCAAGACGAUGAUGACCAGCCAUCUACCAGUAGUUUUGUAGACUCCGCAACUGACCAACCACCAUCAAGUUCUGAAGGAGCCACACAGCAAUGGGACAUAUUGACCAAGCAUGUUAGUCUGAUGCUGACAUCUUGGAGUGAUGUGAGAUGGGAAAGCAGACUUCAGAGUGUUACAGCUGUCAGGAACCAAAUCAAAGAAAUCAGAGAAGCUCUCAUGGAGGCAAGGCAAGCUGUGAACAAGCUGCUUCAGUCUAGUGCAAUGCAGAUCGACAUUGCCGUCAGGCUCAUUGAGAGUGCCAAAACCUCCCUCUCCAAAUAUAGACACUUUGGGUUUGUUGAGGCUUUGUCAACUGUCAAGGACCUUUGUGAGGCCCUGAACAUUGAACCACAGCCGAAGGAGAAAAGGCUCAGGAACACUAAAAAGCAGUUUGCAUAUGAGGCUGCAGACGAGCCCUUCAGCGAUGCUGUCAAAAGGCUUGAGCAUAAACAAACGGCGAAAAAACGAAAAGUAGACAAAGAGUAUCGACAGUUUCAAGAGAGGUGGGAAGCUGAAUACCUGUUUUGUGAAUUAAAACAAAAGCCAGUGUGUCUUGUAUGCCAACAGUCGCUGGCAGUGUUCAAAGAGUACAACAUCCGCAGACACUUCGAAAAGAAGCAUGGCGAGCGAUAUGCUAACAUGGACAUCGAGCAAAGGCUGCAGAAAGCCAAAGACUUGAAACGCAACCUUCAACAUCAGCAAAGCAUGUUCACUCGCAUCAGUAGUGAAAGUGAGGGUGCUACCAAGGCAAGUUUUAUUAUUGCAGAGGAAAUCGUAAAGGCUAGCAAGCCGUUUAGCGAGGGAGAGUUUAUUAAAGACUGCCUUGAAAAAGUGUGCAACGUUGUGUGCCCUGACAAGAAGCAGGUAUUUUCAAACAUCAGCCUGUCCCGAAAUACUGUGGCUAGUCGUGUUGAUGAACUGGCCUCCGAUGUAGAGAGCCAGCUAACAACAAAAGCCAAGGACUUUGUUUCAUACUCACUAGUGGUAGAUGAGAGUACAGACAGGACGGACACAGCCCAGCUGUCCAUACUCAUCCGAGGGGUUGACACUCAGUUGUCCGUCACUGAGGAACUUUUAGACGUGAAACCGAUUCACGGGACAACAACAGGACAGGACAUUUACACCCAAGUGGAGCAGAGCGUGAACAAAAUGGAACUGCCCUGCAAUAAACUUGUUGGACUGACAACGGAUGGUGCACCGGCAAUGUGCGGGGAAGUUCGUGGUUUGGUCGGUUUGACUCGAAAGGCGACGGGACACACAGGGGAAAACUUGGUAGCCUACCACUGCAACAUCCACCAGGAGGCCCUCUGCGGUAAGGUGUUGGGCAUGGAACAUGUCAUGACAGUUGUGACUAAAACUAUGAACUUUAUCCGUGCACGGGGCUUGAAUCAUCGGCAGUUUAGGGCUCUUUUAGAGGGGGAAAACUCUGUGCACGAGGAUGCGCCCUAUCACACGGAGGUGCACUGGUUGAGUUGGGGGAAAGUGCUGAGGAGGUUUUACGACACCCACGCUGAGAUCGCUCGUUUCAUGGAAAGCAAACAGAAGGCCGUCCCCGAGCUUGAGGAUGAAAAGUGGCUGAGCGACUUGGCGUUUAUGUGUGACAUCACGGAGCACCUCAGUUCACUGAAUCUAAAACUCCAGGGAAGAAAGCAGCUGAUCACCGAGAUGCGGGACUCCGUGAAGGCAUUUGAACUGAAACUGCGUCUGUGGGAGGGCCAGAUGCGCAAAGGUAACUUGACCCACUUUCCUACCUGUCAAUCAAUGAGCGCCACAGUCACCAUUUCACUCCCGACCCAAGUGUAUGCUGACAAACUGAACACACUCAAAGCGGAAUUCAGCAGGAGGUUUGCUGAUUUUGAAUCACAGGAAUUCAACCUUGACUUGUUCGCAAAUCCUUUUGCAAUUGAUGUCGACACUGCCCCUGAGCACCUGCAGUUGGAAGUCACUGAACCGCAAUGUAGCAGUGCUCUGAAGUCCCAGUACCAGUCAGUCGGGGCUGCUGAGUUUGCACCUUUCCCCCCCGAAUCAAUGCCAGAGCUCCGUCUUCAUGCUGCACGCAUCAUGUCCAUGUUCGGAAGCACUUACUCGUGUGAACAGAUGUUCUCCAUAAUGAACCUGAACAAGACAUCCCACAGAUCCCGACUCACUGACCAGCAUUUGGUCUUUGUAUUGAAACGGGCCACAGCCAAGGACCUUAAGCCUAGAAUAGACGAGAUCAUCUCUAAGAAAAGGUGCAGAGUGUCUGACCAACAUCCAACAGAGGUUUGCCACCUUGAAGAAGUCCUGAGAAGCAUCGACAACUUCCAUUGUGACAUCCGUCAGGCAACACUCAAACAACUUCUUGAGAAUGUUUCAAUCCACCGCACCAUGGAACUGUUCCAGCUCAACUACACUCGCUACCUGUCCUACUACUAUGCCAAGAUGACGCAACUGCCUGUGGAACACCCUGAAGUGCAUGCCCACUUUCUGCAGAGAGGCUUCUCUGUCCAAAUUGGCAGCCAAAAUACUUUUGGGGGAAUUCGUGUUGAUCAGACCAUCGAGGAGACAGCAAACAAGGACACGCAAACACUUGGAGGAACAAAAGGCUUCAGCCUCAAGCCUGGAGCUGUCUCCAAGUACUACUUAACAUCAGAGUACCGCAGUGCCUAA